AUGGCCGACGUACCUACAUAUAAGUCCUGUUUUAAAUGUACCCCUUUUUGCAACUUCUCCCAGAUCUCUCCAGAGGGCUGUACUACAGCUCCUGUUGCCAAGGCGAGCGUUCCUGGAAGGAAAGUGUGGCCAAUCCUUUUCAAGAGAAUCGGUUACGUCGUGCUAAGUGACAUCGGUUUGAAAAAUCCGACUUUCCAGUUAGCCAGCCGGAAAAUACCAGAAAGUUUACUUGGGCGGAUUCGAGGAAAUCUCACACCAAGACUAAUUAGUAGUCAGUUUAAUCUGCUUGUCGAAGAUGCAGAAACAUUUCUAUCAUUAUUGCCUUCUGUAUCUGACAACUUAAUUUCAAUAACAUUUUAG